AUGGAUCAUGAAUUCGAUGAAUACCUCGAACAACAAGGCGGUUCGAGGCUUCUAAUGAUGGGAUUUGCUCCUUUUUCGCAAGCCUCCAAUGUCUUGGCUACAGGAAAUGUUUCCACACCGGCGGUGAACGCCAACGUCCAAGAAGAGCCGGAGGCGUUGCUCCAACAUUGGGGAACAAUCGCGGAGAAGUUCAACGCGCUCAAUGAGUCAGGAGCGCCGCCGCGAAAGUUGGAUCAUCUCAAGUCCCACUUCGCCCGUGUCCAAAAGGAGACGAAAUUCUUCGAGGGCUUCUACAAUACUUGCAAGGAGAAUUGGGGGAGUGGUAUGAGCUACGACAAAAUCACCCAACAAGCCCAGACGAUGUUCGAGGCGAAUUUCAAGAAGCAAUUCUCCUACAUCAAAGCUUGGAAAGUGCUUCGCGAAUGCGAAAGAUUCAUGUCGCAAGCCGGGGAUGUCCAAUCCGCAAAAAAGUCGAAGCGCUCUGAUGGUGGAGCAACCACCACUUCUUCGGAGCCGAGUGUCACGACGAGACCCCAAGGCCAAAAAGCGGCAAAGCGAGACAAGGGCAAGGCAAAGAAGGGAGAAGGGUCUUCGGGAGGAGGUUCGACGUUCUCCGAUGCCCUCGAGAAGGUGGCCGAAAGCAUGAGGGAGAAUGCUCUCAAAACGGGGGAAAUCGGCAAGGGGUGGUCUUAG